UUGUAAUCUCGAUCAACCUUUGUACAAUAGGCAGUUACGUUCGAAGGAGCAAAGGUGAUUAUUACAGCACGUUACUGACGAAACAAUCAAAUAUUGUUACCUUCGCGAGGACAAUUGUAACACAUUUUCUGGCGAGAAAGGAAUGGCGUUUUUGAGGGCUUUAACCAGGUCUAAUGUAUAUCGAAAGUUCGGCAUUAGUGGCCUUCACCUCAGUGAGCAAGGAAUAAAUUCAGUUCCAGUGAAAUUUUCAAUCCCUCUUGCGUCCGUCAGAUGUAAUAUAUUGAAAUCAACACAUGCUGCGAGUGCUAUCGGUUAUGACACAGCAGUCGAAGGUAAAUCGUCCCAACAACAUCCUCGCGAUCCAUUGGAUCUCACCUUUGAAGACCACGUCGCAGCAUUUAAGAGCAAGACUACCUGGGAGAUUAUACGUGCAUACGUCGUCUAUACGUUGUGCUCAUCCGAAUAUUUGGUUGAACAUAACAUGACGCUCCUGAGGUUUUCCAAGAAACUGCUUGGUGAUCGACUCUUCAAGUUACUGAUGAAGUCGACAUUUUACGGUCACUUUGUGGCGGGUGAGGAUCAGUUCAAAAUCAGGCCGACUCUGGAGCGGCUUCGUUCAUUUGGAGUGAAGCCGAUCCUCGACUACUCGGUGGAAGAAGACAUCUCGCAAGAGGAGGCAGAGCGCCGUGAGGUUGAGGGAAGUGUUUCGGAGGCAGGCGAUGAGAAGUCACAAGGGACAAUCCGACAGUACCACAUAGACAAGCAAUUUGCAGAUCGGCGGUACAAAGUUCAGAGUGCACGCACUUACUUCUACUUGAAUGAGGCACAGUGUGAACGCAACCUGGAGAUCUUCCACCAGUGUCUGGAGGCAGUAUCAGGUGCCACUUUUGGGACAGGAAUAUGUGCUGUUAAGUUGACAGCACUUGGACGUCCACAGUUGCUGUUGCAACUGUCUGAGGUGAUCAUGCGCACACGAAAGUACAUGACAGAGGUGUUGGGAGGGGGAGGCAAUGUUCUGACGCAUCACGUGCAUGUGGAGGAACUGGAGAAGAAGUUCUUACAGGCGGGCCUUGAGGAGGAGACGGUUAAGAAGUUCCUUAAGCAGCUAACCUACGACAAAGAAGGAGUUAUUCACUUGUUUCCCUGGAGUGGUAUUGUGGAUGAGAACCAGCAGCUGAGUGACACGUUCCGUGUGCCAGACCUCAAGACGGGUCGCAUGGUGCGCCUAAUCACGCAGCUCACGCCAAAGGAGGAAGAGAUGUUUCGAAAUAUGGUACGGCGCAUGAACAACUUGUGCAGGAUGGCAGAAGAGCUGGAUGUACGCAUCAUGGUGGACGCAGAACAGACAUACUUCCAGCCAGCUAUCUCCAGGAUCACCCUUGAGAUGAUGCGAAAAUACAACAAAGAUAAGGCAGUAGUGUUCAACACAUACCAGUGCUACCUGAAGAACACGUACGAAGAAGCAACGAACGACUUGGAGCAAGCAAAGCGACAGAACUUUUACUUCGGAGCCAAGUUGGUCCGAGGCGCCUACCUCGAACAGGAGCGGGCUCGAGCCGCGGCGCUUGGCUACUCUGAUCCCACAAACCCCAAUUUUGAGGCCACGACCGAGAUGUACCACCGCACCCUGACCGAAUGUCUCCGCCGCAUCAAGGAUCUCAAGGACCGCAGUGAGGAUGCAAAGAGGAUCGCCAUUAUGGUGGCUAGUCACAACGAGAAUACUGUCCGAUUUGCGAUCGAGAAAAUGAAGGAGAUUGGAAUCUCGCCAGAAGACAAAGUGAUCUGUUUCGGGCAGCUGCUGGGCAUGUGUGACUACAUCACAUUCCCUCUCGGUCAGUCGGGCUAUUCCGCAUACAAGUACAUCCCGUAUGGGCCAAUCAACGAAGUGCUGCCAUAUCUGUCACGGCGUGCUCACGAGAAUAAGGGCAUUCUAAAGAAGAUUAAGAAGGAGAAGAAGCUGCUACUGCAAGAACUGCGCCGCAGGAUAAUGUCUGGUCAGAUAUUUUACCGGCCCAGAGGCAACUAUGUCCCUGUGUGAGUUCAGGACACGAGGGGUGUUAGUGGUCUCAACGCUAGAGCAUGCUGCUCAAUGCCGAGCCGCCAAGACGUUCCUUGCGCCGUGAUGACUGUAACAUUUCAGUAUGGGCGGUCGGUUAGUAGCCACCGUUCGUCAGUAACCGUACUUAGUUGAAGCGUGACUUUGGCAUUGAGUGUCAUCUUCUCUCGUUUUUAUAAAUAUUAUAAAUAUGGCGUGAAUGUUGUAUUGGAGUGGGCGUGCGUGUAGCAAGCUUGAGACUUGUUUGUUCUGUCUGUGUAGUUUAAAUAUUAACUGAACAGUAUUUUCAGUAUUGAAAUGGGACCGUUGGAGUGGGAUUGCUCCCAGUGGGGAGGGGAGGGGUGGGGGGCACUCCGCCUGGCACUUGUUUCUUCCAUUCCAUCAUUUCCCUCCAGAUUCCAGCUUCUUGAAUUUUGCUUUAAGCUCGUCAUAUGGUAUUAUGAAUUAUCUAUGUCCGUUAGUCUUUUUGGUUAACAUGCGAUAGUUUACUUUAACAAAGCUACAAAUAAAAGUAUUAUUUAUGAUAUUGUAUCAAAGGAUAAGACUGAGUGGAGGUUUUCUUCUACGGUUUUGUGUUGGAACGGCACUACAGCUGUUUCUGCGUCACUGUACUUAUUAUAAAGAAGAAAUAAAGUAAGGCAUGUUUUCGCAAACAUUAAAUUUUUAAGUAGUCUUUGUGACUAUGGGACAAGGACUAUGAACAGAUGUUGCCAAGAGUGCGUAUUCACUCAAUUGCAGUAAAGUAAGGAAAGAAAUUUGUGGAAAAUAUGCAAGAAAAGGUGAGAUGGGUGGCAGUCCUUACUAGUACCAAGGUGUUGUUCUGUAUGGGAUCCUUGCACACAGUUUCAGUGAGCAUAUGGCCACAUGACAAGUGUGCACUUGUUGCUUUCUCAUUUCCUUGCACGUAUCACCCUUCUUUGUGGGGGAAUGUGACACCGUGCUCUGCAAGGAGAUGUUUAAGAAAGAGGUGUGCUCUAAUUGACUUCAGAAUCUGCACACAGUACUUCAUGGUAUCCUUUGCCACUAAGAAUAAUUAAGAACCAUUUAAGUCUAGUGAGCAGCUCACACCUGAAAGGAUAAACUAAAGUAGUUGCUACCGGGCGUGAUCAAGCCCUUGCCGUCCUUUAGACAUGAUGUUUUGUGGUUGUCGAGGCGUGGAACUUUAGCACCGGCAUUGCCGUAUGCUGCUGCUCGUUGAUAGAAUCGUCAUCGUGCCUUAUGUUAUGACAAUAUACCACCAUUAAGGCAUCAGAAUUACAGCGAGUAAGUACGAGAGAUCUCUUUUGGUAUCUUUACUGUGCCAUUGAAUAGUUUGUUGCGAAAAUGUGUCUCACACCAGAUACGAAGACUUGUUCAGCUUCAAUGUUGUGUGUGUGGACAGUUAGUUACAUAUAUCACCCGAUACUUCUCAAGUCUUACUGCAGUAAUGUGGCAACUACAAGUUGACCCUCAUAUUCAUCAAGUGCUUGAAUUCCUUCAAUUUAAACAAUUCUGUACACAUUUUACAUUCCACUUCAAUGUUCACCUUUGAAUAUUCAGUUGCUAAAUUGCUGAAAGUGUUACAUGUACUUAAUGGUAACAACAUUGUUACAGUUCCACCCAUGAGUUAUUUUUAAUUUUGUUAAUGGAGAAGUAUUGAGAACCAUCAUUAUAUUUUUGAAUGUAAUUAUGUAAUGUGAAUACGGUAGUGGAUAUACCAGGGCUGAGGGAAGCGGCAUGCUGUGAUGUGGAGUGAGCAGACCCCUUUUCUGGUAACUGGAAGGAGACAGUUGUUACUACGAAGUGCUCAGCAUACCUGUAGACAAGGUUAUCGUCUGAGGCGCGAAGGCGUUCGGCAGUGCCGGUAGAAAGCCCGAAGAGACUCGACUUUGUCGCCAUCCAGGUACUGGAACACGUUUGUAAAAAUGGGCAUUUUCACAAUUUAUUUCACACUGAAUAGUGGGACUUACAGUACACAUUCAUUGUGACCAGGAAGAGUAUAGCAUGUCUCAUAAAACUUCUAUAACUGCUACAUGUGAAUGUAAAAAUACAGUGUCACUGUUGUAAAUGUAUAGUGAUAUGGUGGAUCGAUGACUGACUCUUCCCUCUGUCACACCACACUUUAUGUCUGUCAGUUGAUAUGAAUAAAACAUUCUUAAAUUAA